AUGGCGGGGGCGCCGCGCGGCCGAGGCGGCGGCGGAGGCGGCGGCGGAGGCGGAGGCGGUGGCGGAGGCGGUGGCGGUGGCGGUGCGGGCGAACCCGGGGGCGCCGAGCGGGCGGCCGAGCCGGGCUGCCGGCGCGGGCUGCGGGCGUGCGACGAGGAGUUCGCGUGCCCCGAGCUGGAGGCGCUGUUCCGCGGCUACACGCUGCGCCUGGAGCAGGCGGCCACGCUGAAGGCGCUGGCCGUGCUCAGCUUGCUGGCGGGCGCGCUGGCGCUGGCCGAGCUGCUGGGCGCGCCGGGGCCCGCGCCCGGCCUGGCCAAGGGCUCGCACCCCGUGCACUGCGUGCUCUUCCUGGCGCUGCUCGUGGUCACCAACGUCCGCUCGCUGCAGGUGCCGCAGCUGCAGCAGGUCGGGCAGCUGGCGCUGUUCUUCAGCCUCACCUUCGCGCUGCUCUGCUGCCCCUUCGCGCUCGGCGGCCCCGCCGGCUUCCGCGCGGGGACGGCUGCGGGGCCGGCGGCCGCGGACCAGGGCGUCUGGCAGCUCCUCCUGGUCACCUUCGUGUCCUACGCCCUGCUGCCCGUGCGCAGCUUGCUGGCCGUCGGCUUCGGGCUCGUGGUGGCCGCCUCGCACUUGGUGGUCACGGCCACCUUGGUGCCCGCCAAGCGCCCGCGUCUCUGGAGGACGCUCGGCGCCAACGCCCUGCUCUUCGUGGGUGUGAACAUGUACGGGGUGUGCGCCCGGGUGCUGGCUGAGCGCUCCCAGAGGCGGGCCUUCCUGCAGGCGCGGACCUGCGUCGAGGACCGGCUGCGGCUGGAGGACGAGAACGAGAAGCAGGAGCGGCUGCUCAUGAGCCUCCUGCCCCGGAACGUUGCCAUGGAGAUGAAGGAGGACUUUCUGAAGCCCCCCGAGAGGAUUUUCCACAAGAUUUACAUCCAGCGGCACGACAACGUGAGCAUCCUCUUCGCGGACAUCGUGGGCUUCACGAGCCUGGCGUCACAGUGCACGGCCCAGGAGCUGGUCAAGCUGCUCAACGAGCUCUUCGGCAAGUUCGACGAGCUGGCCACGGAGAACCACUGCCGGCGCAUCAAGAUCCUGGGGGACUGCUACUACUGCGUGUGCGGCCUCACGCAGCCCAAGGCCGACCACGCCCACUGCUGUGUGGAGAUGGGUCUGGACAUGAUCGACACCAUCACGUCCGUGGCCGAGGCCACCGAGGUGAACCUGAACAUGCGCGUGGGGCUGCACACCGGCAGGGUCCUCUGCGGCGUCCUGGGCCUGCGCAAGUGGCAGUACGACGUGUGGUCCAACGACGUGACCCUGGCCAACGUCAUGGAGGCCGCGGGCCUGCCCGGGAAGGUCCACAUCACGCAGGCGACCCUGGCCUGCCUGAACGGCGACUACGAGGUGGAGCCGGGCCACGGGCAGGAGAGGAACAGCUUCCUGAGGGCGCACAACAUCGAGACCUUCUUCAUCGUGCCCUCGCACCGGCGGAAGAUAUUUCCAGGGCUGAUCCUCUCGGACAUAAAGCCGGCGAAGAGGAUGAAGUUCAAGACGGUGUGCUACCUGCUGGUGCAGCUCAUGCAGUGCCGCAAGAUGUUCAAGGCGGAGAUCCCCUUCUCCAACGUCAUGACGUGCGAGGACGACGACAAGCGCAGAGCCUUGAGAACAGCCUCGGAAAAGCUCCGAAACCGCCUGUCCUUCUCCACCAACGCUGUGUGCGCCACCCCGGGCACCCGCGUCAACAGAUACCUCGGCCGCCUCCUGGAAGCCCGCCAGACGGAGCUGGAGAUGGCCGACCUGGACUUCCUCACCCUCAAGUACAAGCAGGCCGAGCGGGAGCGCAAGUACCACCAGCUGCAGGACGAGUCCUUCACCGGCGCCGUGGUCCUCGCCCUCGUGCUGGCCGCCCUCCUCGGCCUCAUCCACCUUCUGGUCAUCCCGCAGAAUUUGGCUGUCCUGCUGCUGCUAGUGUUUUGCAUCUGCUUCCUGGUGGCCUGUGUCCUAUACCUGCAUAUCACCCGGGUCCAGUGUCUCCCAGGCUACCUGACCAUCCGGAUCCGCACCGCGCUGUGCGUCUGCAUAGUGGUCUUGGUCUACUCCGUGGCCCAGGGCUGCGUGGUGGGCUGCCUGCCCUGGGCCUGGAGCCCCAGCCCCAACGGGUCCCUCGUGGUCCUGUCCCCCGGGGGCCGGGCCCCGGCGCUGCCCGUGCCACCCUGCGAGGCCGCGCCCCACGCCCUGCUCUGCGGCCUCGUGGGCUCGCUCCCGCUGGCCGCCUUCCUGCGGGUCUCCUCGCUGCCCAAGCUGGCCCUGCUGGCCGCGCUCAGCACGUCCUACAUCCUGGUGCUGGAGCUCAGCGGGUACACCAAGGCUGCGGGGGGCGGCGCCGGCUCUGCACGCAGCUUCGAGCCGAUCAUGGCGACCCUGCUGUUCUCGUGCACGCUGGCCCUGCACGCCCGGCAGGUGGACGUCAAGCUGCGGCUGGACUACCUCUGGGCCGCGCAGGCGGAGGAGGAGAGGGACGACAUGGAGAAGGUGAAGCUGGACAACAGGAGGAUCCUCUUCAACCUCCUGCCGGCCCACGUCGCCCAGCACUUCCUCAUGUCCAACCCCCGGAACAUGGACCUCUACUACCAGUCGUACUCCCAGGUGGGCGUCAUGUUCGCGUCCAUCCCCAACUUCAACGACUUCUACAUCGAGCUGGACGGCAACAACAUGGGCGUGGAGUGCCUGCGGCUGCUCAACGAGAUCAUCGCUGACUUUGACGAGCUCAUGGACAAGGACUUUUACCAGGACCUGGAGAAGAUCAAGACCAUCGGCAGCACCUACAUGGCCGCGGUGGGGCUGGCGCCCGCGGCCGAGGCCCAGGCUAAGAAGUGCGUCUCCUCGCACCUCGGCACGCUGGCCGACUUCGCCAUCGAGAUGUUCGACGUCCUGGAUGAGAUCAACUACCAGUCCUACAACGACUUCGUGCUCCGCGUGGGCAUAAACGUCGGCCCCGUGGUGGCCGGGGUGAUCGGGGCUCGCCGGCCGCAGUACGACAUCUGGGGAAACACGGUCAACGUGGCCAGUCGCAUGGACAGCACCGGGGUCCCCGGCCGGAUCCAGGUGACCGAGGAGGUGCAGCGGCUGCUGCUGCGGCAGGGUGCCUACCACUUCCUGUGCCGCGGCAAGGUCAGCGUCAAGGGCAAGGGCGAGAUGCUGACCUACUUCCUGGAAGGCAGGACCGAGGGAAACGGCUCGCACACCAGGUCCCUGAGCUCCGGGCGGAAAACGUGUCCUUACGGGAGGGCCGGCCUCCAGACCGGGCCGGCCACGGGCCGUGCCCUGGCGCCCCCCGUGGCCGGCCUCCCGGUUGGAGCUGGGCCGGGGGCUCCGCAGGGCUCGGGGCUCGCGCCCCGGCCCCCGGCCCCAUACCCGCCCCCAGGAGCAGCUGGGAAGGAGGCUUAGCGGAGCCGUGCUGGCCGCUGGGGGCACAGGGCAGACGCUCGGGGCCUCAGUCGCUCCGGCAGCACCAGCCCGGCCAGCAGAGCAGGGCGGGGCGGGCGGCCGGCUGGGGAAGGGGCGCUGUCCAGGCAGGACCCGAGC